AAUUCAACGGAACACGAAGCUCCUCGAGCGCAGUCCCCCGCCCUCCUGCCAGGUAUAUCCAAUGAUACGCGCUCCGUGCCGAUCAGGAUGACUUCAUCCGGGUCUUCAAAGGACCUUGCCAAAGCCCUCAAUGGCUUCUUUCAAGCACCGACGCUGCCCCUCCCCGCCGAGAUAAACGGUAUCAUUGCCAGCUACCUCGAGAAGCACGAAAAGCCCGACGAAGGAUCCGGCGAGCGGUUGGGCGACGAGUUGUUGGCUAUCUGGGAGAAGGCGGUGCAGGACCAUCCUGAAAAAUACGUCGCUUUCCUCACAAUCCUACGGCAGCUCCGCUCAGGUCUCGGGACACCGGCGAGGGUUUUUAAAUGGUGGGACAAACUGCUUGACCCAGUCCUGGACCAUGUCGGACGGGAGAAGGGCUUAGCGAGAGAGGCUAUGGACCACACGCUCGACCUCCUCUCGACGGAUGAUUACGAUGACCCGGCUACCUGGAGCGAGGAAGGUUUGGCACCGCUCGUCCACCGGCUCCUCACGAGGUGGAUGGAGGCGCGCGAGUCGCAGUCGGGCGUUCGUCAGUCGAACGAUCUCAAGGAGCAGAUGAUCAACGAUGCCCUGAUGGCGUUCGGCAAGAGAGACCCAAAGGGCUUCAUGACGGCCCUGAACGCCUUCGUGGUCAGGAGAGAGCAUAGGAACUCGGCCCUGAGUCUUCUCUGCGCCUUCGUCUCGAGCGGCCCGCCGCAUCUGCACCUCAUCCUGCAAACCCCCCUCUUCGGGAACAUCCUGCAUUCCCUUCAGAAAGAUGAAUCCACCGCGACGGUUAAUCUAGCUCUCGUGGCUUUGGUCAUGAUCCUACCCUUCAUACCCAGCUCUCUCGUUCCAUUCCUUCCUACCCUGUUCAAUAUCUACGCCCGGUUGCUGUUUUGGGACCGAGGCUCGUACUUCGCCCAGAAACACACAGAAAUGGGGGCGGAAAACCGCGAGGCCGGCAGUGGAAUGCCUUGGGACACUUCCCUACUGGACCCCGACUACGACGGCCACUCCCUUUCCUACCUACCGGAAUAUUUUACCCUCUUAUACGGCCUGUACCCCAUCAACUUCCUCGAUUACGUGCGGAAGCCCCAGAGGUACCUGAGGCAUGCGAACAAUGCCGACGAUAUUGACGUCCAGGCCACGGAGAUCAGAGACCGGUCGGAUCGGUUCAGAAAGCAGCAUCUACUGCAUCCAAACUUUUACAACCUCACUAUCGAAUCCGAGAAGACGGACCUCAGUCGGUGGGUCGAGAGCGAGGCCGAUGGAGUCCUCGCAGAUUGUCUAGCCCUAGUCAUAGACCAGACACCUACCAAUGCGCACGUUCGCCCGGCCACACCGCUCCCGAGCGGGCCUGGCUCCGCCAUGGGCGACGGUCUCGAACAAGAAGGGUUCGACUCUGCUCUUCUGACCAACCCGGCCCGUACCGAUCCCUCACACCCAGCAUUGUCGAUAAGCUCCAUGUCUAUCCGUCGGGCUAAUACCCCAUCGCUUCGCCGGGGCUCGCAGUCGAGCCAACCAUCAAUAUACGACUUCUACGAGGCGCAGGCCCGUGGACGAGACGAUGACAGCCCGACACUGCCAUCAGGCCUUGCUCAGUCGACGUCGUAUGGCCACGCACAAGACACAAGUCGCUCCAGUGAUUUCGUGAGAACAGGGCUCCACCAGUCGCUUCCCAACGACAGCGUACCAUCUAUAGCACUCAACCCCCAAGAGCAAGGCGGUGAAAAGAGCCCGCUGCAGCAACCGGCUGCGCACGGGUCGGGCCGCAAGGGGUCCAGCCUGGAGGUAGACGACCAAAUAGCUCUGUUGCAGCACCACAGGCUUCGCUUGAUCAACGAUCUUCAGUACGAGAGGUUUAUAAAGGAGCAGCACAUGAUACACAUGGGGGGGCUACGCCGGCGGCAAAUCGAGGUGUCGGCCACAGAAGCCGAAACGCAGAACCUGGUGAUGGCAAACCGCAGUCUGAAACAGCGGCUGGACGAAGCCAAGAGGGGCGAAGCGCAGGUUAGGAAAGAGUUCGAUCACCGGCGAAACAUGACCAAGAAGUGGGAGAGCGACCUGUCAAACAAACUGCGCGGCCUACGCGACGAACAAAAGAAGUGGAACGUGGAGGGUAACGACCUGGGCCAGCAGCUGAAGAAAGCGCAAGCGGAAUGCGAAAAUCUGCGCCGGCUCGUCGAGGAAGCAGAGCACAAGAGGCUGCAGUCGGAACAAAACCUCGAAGCGGUUGAUAUCAGCACAGCCAUGGUCGAUAAGCUCAAGAGUGAGAUCACGCGACUCUCGGCCUCGGAGCGGGAGCUACAGGGUAAGGAGACGAAAAUGGAAAUCGCAAUGCAAGAGGCGGCUAUCGCGGAGGCUAGGGCGCAACAGGUAGAGCAGGAGACCGCCGCCUUGAAGCAACAGCUCCGCGAGGUAGAUGGCCAUUACCAGGCGCAAAUCAAUGAUCUGAAAGCGCAGCUGGCCAAGGCGCACCAGGAAAGCACGAAGAAGCCGUCGAGCGACGCGGCCGCGGCGUUCCAGAGCGCCCUCUCGUCAGCCCGAGCGAAGAACACGGCACUACAACGGCAAUACGAUGUCCUCACGAAGAAAUACACGACCCUCGAGUCGACAUUGUUGGAUAUGCGGUGCAACGCCGAGCAGAGGGCGGGGAGGCCCGAACGAGGCGCAUUACCCGACGGCGACAGCGAGUCGUCGCUGAUGGGGAAAAGCCCGCUAGGGAUCCGAAGCCGGCAGCGGGGCUCCUCGGACCCGGAAGCCGCCGAGCGGUCGCCCCAGAGCACGGUGUCGCCGCCGGUCGAAUCGGCAUCAUCAACGCCUCUCGGGUCGGGAUCGCAUGGCCCGCUGAGCCCGCUAGCAGCACAACAGGCCCAGCCUGCGACAAGCCCGCAGGCCGAUAGAAGUUUCCCUCGAGGGGGAGCGCAAAACGCGGCACGGAAAGAGCGCAAGGAUAAAAAAGAAGACAAGGGGGACAAAAAGGAUAAGAAGCCGAUGACUAUGAGGGCGAUCCGGGGGUUUGUGUGAUUUGAGCAAGCGCAUACCGCGGGAUGGCGUUGGUGUUUAGAUGAUGUGAUGGAUUAUGGUGAUGAAAUACAUGAGAAUCUGGGUAUAUUAUUGCUGCCCUCUGCCCGUCGAUAUUCAUCCAUUCUUGGGAUUGUGUGUUGUAUGUAUAGGUAGGUAGGUAAUCUGUAGGUAGGUAGGGAGUGAGAUCUGUGUUCGCCCUCCG